AUGCACGAUACACGAUUCAAGUCCCGGAUCUUUUUCCUGCCUGCCACCCUGCCAAGACCGGGGGUUGAGGGAGAGCGAGAGAGGAAGUGCUGGCCUCCGGGCCAUACACGUGUGCGAAGCGGCCUGCGUGUUGUUGAGGACUCUGACGAGUAUGACGAAUCGAACGACGAGAACCGGCGGCCAUGUUGCACUUCCGACGAACGAUUCGGAUCUCUUCCUGGAAGAUUAUCUCCUAAUCCCCUUUUCACGACUCAAGAUUCACAAUCGCGUCAAGCUAUUCCUGCGCAAGGCGUCCCACUGAUAUUCCUGUCUCACAUACGAGAGGACGGACAAUCGCAAGUUCAAGAAGAUCAGAUUAGGCAAGAGGAGACGGUACCCGAGCAGACAGCCAAGACCAAGAUGUAUCGAGUACAUCGACGUGCCGCCAUGCAAGAUGUACCGUCUACUUCUGAGGCUAUAAACGAGGCCCCCGAACGUGCCCAGGGGGUCUACCCUAGGCAGAACAUCUUCCCAAGAGUCGAUGAACUACAAAAGGAUCGAUCAACGUCAUCUUUACCCACACCCUCCUCGAAACAUUGGCACUACAGUACCAUGCCAGGUGGGCGACACCUUCGGUUGCCGCUCUAUAGGUACCCUCCCUAG